GAGGAGGUCAUUAAUAUCUGCCAAGAAUCAUUGGCGGCUCUGUCCUCACUGCACCCAGACAGUUAUUUCAUCUACAUGCGGCUGCAGGAAACAUAUUUGUCUCAUUACCGGAUUCUACAUGACCCUGUCGAUUUGUUACUCGCUGUAGAGAACUUCAGACUCGCAUCAAGACAUCCCACUUAAGGAUUUCCUUGGCAUAUUAGUGAGGCUAUUGACUGGGCUCGCCAAGCCGAAGUCUACCAUCAUGAAUCUGCCCUCGAAGCAUACCAAAUGUGCUUUGAGCUUUUCGACAGCCAUGUGAUGAUGCGGUCGUCGAUUAUCUCACAGCACGAGGCUGCAAGCGCCUUUCGCGGUGCACAAUCACUUCCUGUAGAUGCAGCUUUGUGUGCCAUACGUAGUGGCAAUCCACGAUGGGCAGUUGAACUUGUGGAGCAGGGCCGUGGCCAGCAGUGGUCGCUGGCCUCUCGACUCAGGACUCCACUGGAAGACUUGGAGUCUACGAGUCCGCAACUGGCUCAAAGGCUCUCGGAGCUCAGCAGGCGCCUAUCUGAUGCUCAAGGCUUCUCACGGUUCCUGCUCCCGUCGUCGUUCACAGACUUACAAGCUGCAGCGCGUCAUGGCCCAGUCAUCAUCCUCAUUGCAAGUCAAUACUUGUGCGGCGCCAUCAUCGUCCCGACGUCAGGAGAGCCUCACCAAGUUUGCUUCCCCCGCAUCACUCUCCUGAAUCUGGAGAAGCUCAAGGACGAUUUCGCUACGGCAAUACGGCAUACGGCUCGUAUGCGCCCAGAGGAGCCGAGGAAGACAUUGCGAGUACUCUUGCAGAUGGUAUGGAACGAGAUCAUGCUACCCAUAGUCAACGUCCUCCAGUAUGACCUACAAUUGUACCGUCGGUCUCGAAUAUGGCUGUGUCCGACGGCAGCCUUCACGUCCAUCCUCCUUCAUGCAGCGAACCCCUUCCGAAUGAAAGCAGAUCGCUCUGGCCCGGAGGCAUGCCCGGAAGACAUAUACAUCUGCUCUUACACGCCCACACUUUCGGCUCUGAUCAGGUCUCGACAGAUGAUGAAGAUGCGCGUCACUCCAUCCUUCGCGGCGAUCGGACAAAGUCAACCAGGUGCAGGGCAAGGCUCGCUGCUCGCUGCUGUCGAUAGAGAGCUUGAGCUUGUCCAUAAACUCGUUCCCUCUAACUUUUCUGGUUUCAAGAGUGUCAUUGGCACACUGUGGGCAGUCAAUGAUGCCCUCGCAAAAUAUGUUGUUGAAGCUUUCUAUGAGAGGAUGUCCGGGGAUUUGGAGGAUGGCGGUGUUAUGGACUGUACGAAGGCAGCCUGGGCACUGAAUAAUGCUGCUGCCUCCGUGGAAAAAAAGGUGCCGCUUGAGCAGAGGAUUGUUUUCAUCCAUAUCGUACAGCGGAACCACCGAGUUAUCCAGUUAUGUCUGUCAUAUACCCUUGUGCCAUCUUCUUUUCGCACCAACGUCUCGUUGGGCAAAAACUCCAUCAGAAUUUUCAUUGGCUGGAUUCCUCUGAGAGGUCUGGGCAAGUCUUCGCAAAGAACGAAGCAUAUAAAUGCAGCCAUCCCAGGCCCCGGCUCGGGGGCAGCUUGA